AUGGCGGAAGACUCGCGGGAUACACAGUCUCGGACAGGGGAAGCAGCCUCCAAAAUCCCUCAAGAAUAUGCCCCUAACAAGAAACCAAAACAUGAAUUUCCCAAGUCGCAGGUGGGAAAGCUUUGGGAGGAGUUUGGAAACCCUAAAGAGCCAAUCAAUCUAAUUCCUGGAGCCUACAAUUCUGGAGGGAAGCCGAAAGACGUGUCAUUUACAGAUACCUUCAAGUCACUAUCUCUAGAUAAUAUACUAUCGUUUUAUAAGGUGCCGUGUGCACGCGACUCCCUCCUCGUUGGAAUUGGUGCCGGUUUUGGUGCAGGGAGUCUCAAGGCAGUCUAUGGUGGGUUCCGUGCGAUAUGGCCUGCCUGCAAUUGGGCUGUGGGAACGUUCGCUAUCGCCUCCAUAGGAAUGUUCGAAUUUUGCCAGCGCCGCAGAGUUCAGGAACGAAAUGGGAUGAAAGAGGCAGUGGAACUCAUGCGGGAACUUAAGAUUAAGAAACAACAGGAACGGGAGCGCGCAAAGGCAGAGACAGAGGCGGUUGCGGCUGCGGAAGAAGCACGACGGCGGAAAAGUUGGACAAACUGGUUGAACUAUAAGUUCUGGUAG